AUAGUCUUAAUUAGUCUUUAAAGAACACAGAUAUAAUAUGGACUUCAACGGAAAAGUUGUACUUGUUACAGGAGCUAGCUCGGGUAUUGGUGCAGAAGUUGCCAAGGAAUUUGCCGGUUACGGAGGCAAAUUGGUUUUAGUCGGACGUAACGUAGAGAGAUUAAAUAAGACUGCUGAAGCUUGCUUAAAUUCAAGUAAUCACCUAAUAAUACAAGCAGACGUCACAAAUGAAGAAGAAGUAAAGCAAAUGUUUAAAACGGCCCUUAAUAAAUUCCAAAGAUUGGAUAUUUUGGUAAAUAAUGCUGGUAUCAUUGAAAUUGGCAGUAUUGAGAACACUAGCCUUGAACAAUACGAUCGCGUCAUGAAUAUAAAUAUGCGUUCGAUUUAUCACUUAACAAUGCUUGCAGUUCCUGAAUUGAAAAAAAACAAAGGUAAUAUUAUCAACGUAUCUAGUGUAUGCGGUUUACGUUCCUUUCCCGGAGUAUUAGCAUACAACAUCUCUAAAUCGGCUUUAGAUCAGUUUACUAAAUGUGUCGCCUUGGAGUUGGCCGCAGCCGGUGUGCGUUGUAAUUCCGUUAAUCCGGGCGUUAUUACAACAGAAUUACAUAAACGCGGUGGCAUGGAUGAAACUGCGUAUGAGAAAUUUCUAGAACAUUCUAAAGAUACUCAUCCUUUAGGCAGAGUUGGUACCGUGAAGGAUGUUUCUAAUGCUAUAUGUUUCCUGGCUAGUGACAAAGCGAGCUUUAUAACCGGUUGUAAUAUGCCGGUAGACGGUGGUAAACAAGCCACUUGUCCCAGAUGAAAACAUUUCGAUUAAUCUUGUAUUGGAAUUAAUAAAAAUCAUAU